UCACAGUUGGCAAAGCCCUUUCACACAUUCUGCACUCUGAGUUGUGUUUAUGAGGCUGCUCAUGUUCCAAGCAAGAGAGACUUCUCACAUUGGAGCAGUGGUGUGGGAUGAUAUUUACUAUGAAUAAGAGAUCCCACGCCCCCCGGGUUAUAACCCCUCUACAGGAUGGCAGGGGGCUUGAAGAUCUUCUGCCACAUACUCUGGCUUCUGCAGACCCUAAUGCUGGAUGGGGUAGGUGCCGGAAGUGCCUAGUGACUUGGACUGAGGCUCUGCAGAGACAGCAGCCUCGGACAAACCCAAGUAUGGAGGACCUGGGAAGGCCCCUGUCUCUGGACAAGACCCUGGCCUGGCGGGAGGUCCCCCAAGCUGGGCUGUUGGUCACCUCUCAGAGCAGUCUGGCCUGGAAGCGGGAUGUACUCAGCGCUGCAGGCCUUGGGUUCCGGGUGGACCCAGAUGGACCCUUCCUGAGUGCCCUUCAGUUUCCAGGAAGGUUUAUCCCUAUCCCUUCAAAGCCUUCUGAACUCAAGACAGAGUGCCAACUGGCAGUUCCUUCUGCGCCUUCAGUGCCGCCCUUUCUCCAGCAGAUUUCACCAUUUGGCCAGGCUGGUCUUGGCCUCCUGACCUCAGGUGAUCCACCCACCUCGGUCUCCGAUGGAGAUUUUUUCCUAGUACGACAGGAGGGUGAGGACUCCAUCAACACCUUGGGCUUGAUCCUUGGCGUGGGGCUAUUGCUGCUGCUUGUGUCCAUCCUCGGCUACAGCCUGGCCAAAUGGUACCAGCGUGGGUACUGCUGGGAGGGGCCUAAUUUUGUCUUCAACUUAUAUCAAAUCCGGAACCUGAAGGAUCUGGAGAUGGGUCCACCCUUCACCAUCAGUGGUCACAUCAGCAGCCCAGAUGGUGGCUACAUGAAAUUCUCCAACGGGCUAGUCUGAUGCAGGGGCAGCAGCUUGUGGAGCCUUGGAGAGCCUCAGUCCUAGCUGGCAGCUACCCUGACAACCUUGGC